AUGGAGGGGAAGAAGCGGCUGGUGGCGGUGGGAUUUGAGGGCUCGGCGAAUAAGAUCGGUGUGGGGGUGGUCACCCUCGGCGGCGACAUCCUCGCCAACCCUCGCCGGACCUUCGUCACGCCGCCCGGGCAGGGCUUCCUCCCGCGGGAGACGGCGCACCACCACCUCCGCCACCUGCUUCCCCUGCUCAAGUCCGCCAUGUCGGAGGCGGGAGUCACCACGCUCGCCGAUGUCGACUGCCUCUGCUACACCAGGGGCCCCGGCAUGGGGGCGCCGCUGCAGGUCUCCGCCGUGGCGGUGCGGGUGCUCGCGCAGCUAUGGAAGAAGCCGCUCGUCGCCGUCAACCACUGCGUCGCACACAUCGAGAUGGGGCGGGCCGUGACGGGGGCCGAGGACCCCGUGGUCCUCUACGUGAGCGGCGGGAACACGCAGGUGAUCGCCUACAGCGAGGGCAGGUACCGGAUCUUCGGGGAGACCAUCGACAUCGCCGUAGGGAACUGCCUCGACCGGUUCGCUAGGGUUCUUAACCUGUCCAACGACCCCAGUCCCGGAUACAACAUCGAGCAGGCAUGCCUCUCUCUCUCUCUCUCUCUCUCUCUCUCUGCCGCCCCGCCCUGCUCCUCGAACAUUCGCCUCAUUCUUCUCGAAUUAUUUAUUGCUCGAUGAGAUGUCUUAUACAACCUAGGGAUUUUGAUCACCUCGAGAGAUUCCUGGGAACCCAGAAGGUGUCAUCUUUAUGCUCUGCUCGUCCAUUAGAUCGGUUCCUGUGAUCCUGUGCAAUCAAUCUUGUGCUAAAAUAUAGCGAAGAUUUCUGGUUUCCAUCACUGAUAUCCCAAUCUUCCAGCUCUGAAGCAACUUACAAGAGAAGAUGCAUCUUUCAUUCAAUCCUGCUAAACUUCGGGUUUAUAUGUUCAUUGAAAUCUAAUUUUGCUAACCCAUUAAAUCCAUUUCUGUGUUAUUAUGUAAUCCUCUGCUUAAAUCAUAGUUAGGAAUUCCACUGAAUUGGUUUCAUUGAUCAUAUGCAAUCAUCGGCUAUAAAAAGUCUAGACAGGAUUUCUGGCUUUGUAUUAUCUGGGGCCUUCCUAUAUUCAUAGAGAUCGAGCUGAGGCUUCUGGUGUAUACAUUAUGCUUGAACUUCCUUUUGUCAAUGGGGCAUCGUCAUUAUGAUUCAGAAUUAAACCUUGAUUGAUCUGAAUCUGAGGAAUCGUGUUGGGUCCUCCAAAAUAGAAGCUGAGGUGGAAAUUCGGAGGUGUUUGUGGGAUCUGCCGCGCAUCCCCUUUCAACCGUCGUAUAAUAUUUCCGUCCACUUUAAAUACCUCAGAUAUCAGCAUUCCAUUUGAUUUCUACUCAUUUUACUCGUCCAAAUGCAGCAUUCAUUCCUAAACUGGGCAUUAAUAUGUUGUUUCAGGGAUUUUUAAAUAGUGCAGAGAGCAUCUUGUUCAUCUUUCCCUACGUUUACAUCCACCCUCAUCACAUUUUUGUGUAUAUCUGAUGGGAUUACACUUGGGUUCAUGCAGCUUGCCAAGAAAGGAGAGAAAUUCCUUGAUCUUCCUUAUGUGGUCAAAGGGAUGGAUGUUUCCUUCAGCGGGAUAUUGAGCUACAUCGAAGCUACUGCCGUUGAGACGCUGAAGAGCAAUGAGUGCACUCCAGCAGACUUGUGUUACUCCUUGCAGGUAAAUGAGGGAAAACCAUUCAGAGAACCCCCUUGUAGUGUUCAAUGCAGAAACUUUCUGUCUUAGUCAACCUUCUGACCAGUUGAGGAUUCCACAGGAGACCAUAUUUGCAAUGCUGGUGGAGAUCACCGAGCGCGCCAUGGCCCACUGUGACAAGAAGGACGUUCUCAUCGUUGGUGGAGUGGGGUGCAAUGAGCGGCUGCAGGAGAUGAUGAGAACGAUGUGUUCUGAGAGAGGCGGGAGGCUGUUUGCGACUGACGAUCGUUAUUGUGUAGAUAAUGGGGCCAUGAUAGCAUACACUGGUCUCCUGGCCUAUGCACACGGAAUUAGGACGCCUCUAGAAGAGUCUACAUUCACCCAGAGAUUUAGAACAGAUGAGGUGGAGGCCAUCUGGAGAGGGGAUAUCCUGGCAAAGGCCAACGGGCUGGAUGGCAAAGUAAGUAUCGUUGACUGA